AUGGUAGCCAAGGGAGACACAAUACAAAACUUACUCUGCACUUGUCUCUUCAUCCUUAUUUUCCUAGAUCAUCGCUGCUCCUCCCAAAGGACAUGCCCGGACUGUGGCUCCCUUAAAGUCCCAUAUCCACUAAGCACAAACCCUGGUUGUGGUGAUCCUGACUACUCUCUCACAUGUGACCCCUCCUCUAAGAAAUUGUAUGUCCAAGCCCUUAAUGGAAGCUACUAUCUUGUGCUUCAUAUUAUGCCGUCAUACCAGCGAAUGGUGGUACAACCAUCCCCAUGGCUGCCAGGAAAUGAGUGUGUUACUCGGGACCUGGUGGUGAGUGAAGGCCUCUGGUUAAACCAGUCACUUCCUUUCAACAUCACCUCAUCAAACACCAUCUUCCUCUUUAACUGCUCUCCGCGGCUCUUGGUUUCUCCACUGAAUUGUACUCCCUCUAGUCUUUGUCACCGCUACUUGGAAAGCUCAGGGCAUGUUGACACACAACGAGCACUCAAGUGUAAUAGAAACCUCAACCUUUGCUGCACAUUUGUUGCUGGUGGAACACCUUCAGCAUACAAGAUUCGGCUUCACAGCUCAGGUUGCAAAGCCUUUAGAAGUAUUCUUCAUUUGGAUACGAACAAGCCUGUUGAUCAAUGGGAAGAGGGAUUGGAAAUUCAAUGGGCUCCUCCACAUGAACCAGUUUGUAGAGCACAGAUUGAUUGUUCUAGCAGUUCUAAUUGUUCACUUCCUGCUAGAAAUAGCCGCUCUCGCUGCCUUUGCAACAAGGGCUACUACUGGGAUCGAGUUCUGACAAUUUGUGUGAGGAGCAAGAGAAACACCAAAGCUGGCCUGAGUUUAAAGGUCUCAAUUGGGGUAAUCUCCUUUUUCGUUCUAGCUGUAGUUAUAUCCAUAGUUACAGUAAAAAGGUCAUGCAGAUUGUCUGAGCAGGAAAAGCUUACAAAAGCAAGAGAAGACAUGUUGAAGAGCAAUGAUAAGAAAUCAGCUAGAAUGUUUCACUUGAAAGAAGUUAAGAAAGCCACUAAUGGAUUCUCUAAAAACCGAAUUUUAGGGAGUGGUGGUUUUGGCGAAGUGUACAAAGGAGAGCUUGAAGAUGGGACUACGGUGGCUGUGAAGUCAGCUAAAGUGGGAAACAUAAAGAGCACAGAACAAGUAUUAAAUGAAGUUGGGAUACUUUCCCAAGUCAAUCACAAGAACCUGGUCAGACUCUUAGGUUACUGCGUGGAAGCCGAGCAGCCAUUGAUGCUCUAUGAGUACAUUUCAAAUGGAACGCUUAGUGAGCAUUUACAUGGUAAGAUUUCCACAUUUCUUGAAUGGAAAACUAGGCUGAGAAUUGCUUUACAAACUGCUGAAGCAUUGGGAUACUUGCAUUCUGCUGCUCACACUCCUAUCUACCAUAGAGAUGUCAAGUCAACCAAUAUACUACUUGAUGAUGAGUUCAAUGCAAAAGUAGCAGAUUUCGGGCUCUCCAGGUUGGCUCGUCCAGGAUUGAGUCAUGUCUCAACUUGUGCUCAGGGUACAUUGGGAUACUUAGACCCUGAGUAUUACAGAAACUACCAAUUGACAGAUAAAAGUGAUGUUUAUAGUUAUGGGGUGGUGCUGCUUGAGCUUUUGACAUCACAGAAAGCCAUAGAUUUCUCCCGCGGAGAAGAUGAUGUGAAUCUAGCCAUUUAUGUGAGUUUAAGAGCCAGCAAUGGUGCUAUUAUGGAAGUUGUGGAUCAGAGGCUACUUGGAGAUAGAGAGCCUUCAGGGAAUGUUGUGGAAAGUGUAAAGCUUUUGUUUGAUGUUGCUCUUGCUUGUCUGAGGGAAAAGAAGGGAGAUAGACCAACCAUGAAGGAUGUUGUUCAAAAACUCCAAUGCAUAAUCCAAAUAUCAGAUCAAGAAGUACUUCAUAAUUAA